AUGGCCCAACCACCCGACCAAUUCACCUUCUCCCCCGCCGUACACCCCCUCACAGCCUCCCCCGCCGCCUUCCAAGCCCUCUACCCCCAUGUCACCGACUUCAUGACAGGCAUCGUCGUCUUCCGCACCUCGCCCACGCUCCAAGCCCUCGUCGUGCGCCGCGCCGCCAACGACUCCCACCCCCUCCACUGGGAGACUCCCGGCGGCGGCAUCGACGCAACAGACGCCUCCGUCCUCUCCGCAGCCGCCCGCGAGCUCUGGGAAGAAACAGGCCUCGUCGCGCAGCACUUCCACGCACCCGUGCUGGUGUCGCCGAUGCCGGACUUCUCGACCCCCGAAGGCCAGGCGCUCAAGAAGAGCUUCUCGCUGGACCCGGAGUCCAAGGAGAGCGUGGACACGAUUGAUAUGGACGGGCUGGGGUUGAGUUUUACUGAGCCAGGGCGGCGAUGGGGAAAAGUUGCUGUGUUGGCGGAUGCGGUGGAUACGGCGGCCGUGACUAUCCGGCCGGAUGAGCAUGAUCGGUGGGCAUGGAUUACGGAGGAGGAGGCUACGAGUGGCAAGUUUGCGAGCGGCGAGACGCUGGGCUUUGUGGCCGUGGGCGUGAUGCAGACUGUCGUGGAGGGGUUUCGUAUAAAGAAGGCGUUGCUUGCUGCUGAACAGUAA